UAAGCAGGAGGAGAAACUGAUCUUUCUUAUUUUAAUGUCUGGUUACGAUGGAGUCUAACAGAAAGCCUGUGACACUCCAGCUAUUGUUGGCCGUCGGCACAGCAGUGUUCGGCUCCUUUCAGUUCGGCUACAACACCGGAGUCAUCAACGCACCUCAGUCGAUCAUUGAGAACUUCUACAACGAAACAUGGACUGCUCGCUAUUCAGAAUCCAUCCCUGAAAACUCCCUCACUACGCUCUGGUCCGUCUCUGUCUCCAUGUUUUCUGUCGGUGGAAUCUUUGGGUCCUUCUCAGUAGGGCUGUUUGUCAAUCUUUUGGGAAGGAGGAACUCGAUGCUCCUGGCUAAUAUUUUGGUCUUUGUGGCAGCCGCUUUAAUGGGCUUCUCUAAGCUAGCUGCAUCCUGGGAGUUGCUGAUUAUUGGCCGGUUAGUUGUAGGACUUUAUUCUGGGCUUUCUACAGGGUUUGUGCCCAUGUACAUUGGUGAAAUUGCUCCGACGUCUCUACGUGGGGCAUUGGGAACUCUGCAUCAACUUGGUAUUGUCGUAGGCAUCCUAAUAGCACAGAUUUUUGGCAUUGAUUCCAUCAUGGGAAAUCGCACAAUGUGGCCGGUUCUCCUGGGCUUUACCUGCAUUCCAGCUGUGAUUCAGUGUGCCCUGCUGCCAUUCUGUCCUGAAAGCCCUCGCUUCCUGCUCAUUAAUCACAAUGAGGAAAACAAAGCCAGGAGUGUACUGAAAAAGCUGCGGGGUACAGACGACGUGGGAGACGACAUUCAGGAGAUGAAGGAGGAGAGUCGGCUGAUGGCGAUGGAAAAGCAGGUGACGAUUCCAGAGUUGUUCCGGUCUCCGCUGUACCGCCAGCCUCUCCUGAUCGCCGUCAUGUUGCAGCUUUCGCAGCAGUUCUCUGGCAUCAACGCUGUAUUUUACUACUCCACAAGUAUAUUCAAGAAAGCCGGAGUGUCUCAGCCAGUCUACGCCACAAUUGGUGCUGGAGUCGUGAACACAGUAUUCACUGUUGUGUCGCUGUUUGUGGUGGAACGAGCAGGGCGAAGAUCUUUACACCUCAUUGGUCUUGGGGGAAUGGCUGUGUCUGCUGUUUGCAUGACCGUUGCCAUGUCACUGUCUGGACAAGUCCCCGCCAUGUCAUAUGUAAGCAUCGUGGCCAUCUUCGUUUUUGUGGCAUUCUUUGAAAUCGGGCCUGGUCCUAUUCCAUGGUUUAUUGUAGCUGAACUCUUCAGUCAAGGCCCUCGACCCUCUGCUGUUGCUGUGGCUGGUUUUUCCAACUGGACAGCCAAUUUCAUAGUAGCCAUGUGCUUCCAACCUGUAGAGCAACUGACGGGUCAAUACGUCUUCAUCAUUUUUACCAUCUUGCUGGUCAUCUUUUUCAUCUUCACCUACUUUAAGGUGCCCGAGACUAAAGGACAGACAUUUGAUGAGAUCUCAGCAGGAUUCCGGCAGAACGCAGCCUCCGGAGCAGACAAGUACAGUCAAAAUGAGCAGAACACUACGGGCUCAGACUCUCAGCUCUGAAUUUUACUCCCACGUUGGACCUGUUUAUGCCUCAAAUGAGAUGCUGUAGAAUUUGCAGCAAUGACCCCUUUCAGAUAGAUAGCAUAGGGGACAAUCAGCAAGUAUGUG